AUGAAGCCCCGAUCAUGUUACCAGUUCGUGGCGCUAUUGUCAAUUGCUCAAAGCAAACCUCUGCAUCACAAAGAUGACAGUCUGUUGAUUGAAAAAGACAACUUCGCUGUCCAAGGCACAAUCUGGCCGAAUAAUUCUGACGUACAGUUCUUCGGCAACAUACCUUACGCCGAACCCCCUCUAGGAGAACUCCGAUUCCGCCCUCCGGUUACAAAGUCUGCAAGCUCGGAAGUCAUCAAUGGCACCUGGUUCGGUCCCUCCUGCAUUCAAUACAGCAACGGCGAAAAGACAGUCUACACCGAACUCCUUCGCGGCUUCCUGCUCUCACCCGGGCAAUCUCAAAGCGAAGACUGCUUAACCGUCAACAUCUGGAGACGCAAAGAUGCUCGAGCCGGCGACAAUCUCCCCUUCAUGAUCUGGAUCCACGGCGGCGGCCACACAUCUGGAGGCUCAGCCUCACCCUACAAAUACGGCGACCGCCUCGCGCGAGACCAAAAUGUCAUCGUAGUCUCCAUGAACUAUCGUCUCAAUAUUUUCGGAUCCCCGGGAGCUUCAGCCUUGGAUGGUCGAAAUCUGAAUCCAGGCUUAAUGGACCAACGCAAAGCUGUCGAAUGGGUAUAUACCAACAUCCACGCCUUUGGCGGAGAUGCCGAAAAAAUGGUACUUUUCGGACAAUCGGCCGGAGGUGGGAGUGUUGACAUGUAUACAUACGCCUACCCCAACGAUCCACUCGUCAAAGGCUUCAUCGCACAAUCAGGCACAGCCUCGAACGGUGCAGUUCCCAACGGCUCGAACUUCACCUACGUCGCCUCAAAGGUCGGUUGCGGCACCACCUCCUCCGCAGACGAAGAGUUCCAAUGCAUGCAGAAAGCCAACGCAACCGCCCUCAUCCAAGUCUACAACACCUACCACGCGCCCCUCAACCAUGGAAAACCUCUAAGUUUCAGCACGGCCGCAGACAACCAAACCCGCUUCUCCAACUACACAAACCUCCAAACCCGAGGCCUCUUCGCAAAACGUCCGAUCAUCUAUAGUACAAUGAACAACGAAGGCGCCUCUCUCGCAACUUACAUCCCGGGCUCCGAACCCAACGAAACCGCCGUCGCCAUCACCAACGCAGGCACCACCUGCUCCGCCAACCAAGCCGCACUCGCAAAAUCUUCCCACGGAGUCCCAACAUUUCGGAUCCGAUAUUUUGGCGAAUGGCCGAAUUUGAAUCCUUUGGAGUGGCUGGGUUCCUAUCAUUCGAGUGAUCUUCCUAUGAUUUUUGGGACGAGUGAUUUGCGCGGAGCUGAUACGGAGUUGGAGAAGGGGAUGAGGAGGGAUUAUCAGGGAGCUUGGGGGGCUUUUGCGAGGGAUCCUGAGAGGGGGUUGGAGGGUUAUGAUGGUGGGUGGCCGGAGUUUGAGGAGGGGAGUUUGAAAGUUGUGGAGUUGGGGAGGGAGGGGAUUAGUGGGAAAGUUGUAAGGGAGGGGGAUGCGGAUUAUGGGUUUGAUUGUGGACAGAAAUAG